UAACACUUUAGUUUCAGUCUUAGGCAGAAUAAUUUGAUAGAGUCGAUUACAUGGAAGUACCAUCCAAUUCUAACUAUUAUUUUUCUUAAUUGUUUCUUUAUGUUAUAGUUCUUGUCAACUCUUUGCGACAAAUUAUUUUUUAGUACUUCCGAAGAAUUAUUCCAUUCACACACAAAAUUUAUAUAAGUCAUGAGAAGAUCUCAGUGUUCUCCAAGAACAAAAAAAUGGAUGAAUCAGGAAACUUUCUAAUGAUGCAGGGUACUAAUGAGUUUGAGUUGCGUGAUUUCAUUGAAGAUGCAAACUUUGAUCAGUUCAUUGAUCUAAUUCGAGGCGAAAACGAGAACCCUGUUGCCAAUUUCAGCUGUGACCUCAUGAACGGUUGUGCAGUUGAUAACAACCAUUUUGUUAAUGAUUCCACCACUGCAGAAGAUAUAUUUAAUUUCAAUGAUGAUACAGCAAUGGUCUCUGAUCUUAGUAGCUUUGUUAUGAACUCAGCAACGCCGAGUUUGAAUAAGGACAGAAAGGACCGGGACGAGGCGGAAGAUAAUAUUGGAGAAGAAACUAAGCGGAAAACCAAGGCUGAUCGAUCGAAAACUUUGAUUUCGGAACGAAGGCGGAGGGGUAGGAUGAAGGAGAAGCUCUAUGCAUUGCGUGCCUUGGUUCCCAACAUUACAAAGAUGGACAAGGCCUCAAUAGUUGGAGAUGCCGUGUUGUAUGUUCAAGAGCUACAAAUGCAGGCGAAGAAGCUGAAAGCUGAGAUCGCUGGCCUUGAAGCAUCCUUAGUAGGCGGAGGAAGGUAUCAAGAUUCAGUCAAAAACCGAGAGGAGACUCAAAUUCGCAGAAGCAAACAUCCUAUUUCCAAAAAGAUUAUUCAGAUGGAUGUUUUUCAAGUGGAGGAAAGAGGGUUUUAUCUGAGAUUGGUAUGCAGCAAAGGUGAAGGGGUAGCUGUAUCACUUUACAGAGCCCUUGAGUCACUUACCACCUUCAAUCUUCAGAACUCCAAUUUGGCUUCAAUGUCUGAUAGAUUUGUAUUGACAUUUACUCUCAAUGUGAGAGACAGUGAACAAAACAUGAAUUUGCCAAAUUUGAAGCUAUGGAUUACCGGGGCUCUUCUCAACCAAGGAUUUGAAGUUCUAACUGUAUCUGCCUAGCUUUUAAACCUUUUUCAUUUUCCUGCUGGGAAAUAUGUAGCUAUUGUGUUGUAUGUUAGUAAGGCUAUUGAACAACAAAAUAUGAGAGUCCAAGUUUUCCCAUAA